AUGUUCUCCAGAAAGGGGGACGAGAGGGCAGCAGCACCUGCUGCCGCCAGUCGCCCCAGCAUUGACGCAAAGUACGACGGCCAGUUCGAAGCCGAUAACUCGGAUGGUCUCCAACGUCGUCUCAACAACCGCCAGACCCAACUCAUCGCCAUUGGCGGCACCAUUGGGACGGGUCUCUUCAUCAGCAUCGGCGCGGGGCUCGCCAAGGGCGGUCCCGGUAGCCUUCUCGUCUGCUAUAUUCUUUAUGCGUCCGUCGUGGCCCUGGUCAACAACUCGAUUGCUGAAAUGACAACGUAUAUGCCCGUCUCCGGCGGCUUCAUCCGCCUGGCCGGCAACUGGGUCGACGACGCCCUUGGCUUCAUGGUCGGCUGGAAUUUCUUUUUGUACGAGGCGCUCCUCAUACCGUUCGAAGUCGUGGCUCUUAACAUUGUGCUCUCCUUUUGGAACGAAAAGGUGACGGAGCCCGGUCCGACGGCUGGCAUUUGUGCCGCUGUCAUUAUCUCAUAUGGUCUACUCAAUGUUGUCGCUGUGGGCGUCUUUGGUGAAGCCGAGUUCUGGCUCUCCGGUGGCAAGGUGAUUCUCAUCUUCAUGCUCUUCGGCUUCACGUUUGUGACCAUGGUGGGCGGAAACCCGUCAGGCCACGCCUACGGGUUUAGCCACUGGAACAGUCCAGCCGCAUUCCUGGAAUACCACGCGUCGGGGGACCUAGGCCGCUUCGAAGGCUUUAUGGGUGCCCUCGCGACCGCAGCCUUUGUGGUCGUGGGUCCCGACUACAUCUCCAUGGUGGCUGCCGAGGCCAAGCACCCCAGCAUCUACAUCAAGACCGCGUUCAAGACCGUCUACGUCCGUUUUGGCCUCUUCUUCAUCGGUGGUGCCCUCUCGACUGGUAUUGUGCUGCCCUCGAACGACGAGGCCCUCGUCGACAUCCACAUCAACGGCGGUGGCGGCCAGACGGCCGGUGCCUCGCCGUACGUGAUGGCCAUGGAGAACAUGGGCAUCGACGUGCUCCCUCACGUGGUGAAUGCCCUGCUCUUCACUACCAUUUACUCAGCCGGAAAUACGUAUACGUACUGCGCGACCCGCUCAUUAUACAGCCUUGCCCUCGAGGGCCGCGCCCCGGCCUUCUUCCGCAAGUGCACCGCCCAGGGAGUGCCCAUCUACUGCUUCGCUUUCACCAUGCUGUUCCCCCUGCUCUCCUUCCUGCAAGUCAACAGCGGCUCUGCCGAGGCCCUGAGCAUUUUGCUCUCGCUUAUCACGGGAGGCGGCGUCGUGGACUACAUCGUCAUAUCCAUCACCUUCCUCUUCUACUACCGCGCAUGCAAGGUGCAGGGUGUCGAUCGCAAGACGAGGCCAUACUACGGCUACCUGCAGCCCUACGGCGCCUGGGUCGCGCUCGUCCUGCAAGUCAUCGUGCUAUACACCUAUGGCUACACGGCCUUCACACCCUGGUCCACCAAGAACUUCUUCGCCAACUACACCAUGCAGCUCCUCGCGCCCCUCAUGUUCAUCGGCUGGAAGCUCAUCAAGAAGACCAAGUUUGUCAAGCCUGAGGAAUGUGAUCUUGUCUGGGACCGUCCCAUCAUCGACGCGUACGAGGCCAAGGCCAUGGAGCUGGACCCGCCGACUGGAUUCUGGCAGGAGAUGGGUCAGAUGGUGGGCUUGGGCCGCAAGAAGAAGGCCAUCAAGGAGGAGGAGCUUUGA